AUCAAAAUGGACGGUGGUGUGCAAUCCUAUUAAUAAAUUUCGUUAAAAUACACAAAUAUUAAUGUUAUUGAUUGCACAUAUCGAUUGAUCUUAUUCGUAUAUCGUAUUUGUUAUUAUAGAGUUAUAAAUUGUUAAAUUUGUAAACAUGGAUCUUCAUGAAUUCAUAACUGUGCUGAUAGAAAAAGGAGUGAUACAGGGCUACAAGGCCCACAAAGAAAAGGUGAGACAACUGUACCACGAAGAAUGUAAAGGGAGCAUCGUCAAAAAGAACUACUGGGUCUAUUUGAUGGAAUUGUGGACGUUAUGGCUGGUGAACAGAUUUACGAAGAAAACCGUGUUUUUCAAUAAAGAUUGGGUCGACUACUUAACACGAAGAGCUGCAGAAUUGAAAAGACGAAAGGCUCUGGCGCCUGUGGAACGAAACUAUGUUACUACAAAUUUUUGUAAGUUGUGCACUCAAUGUGUUCAUGGUGAAAGCGAGUUCGAGUCACACAAGAUCAGUAUACCCCACAACACCAGGAUUCUGUACAUAACAAAAAACUUAACUGACAUACUGAGUCUGGAUGUGAAAGUGUUUGAAGCCAACCAACAAAUUAAAACAGUCAAAAAGGAAGUAGGCCAAAAAUGUGAUUUGAUUUUCAAGUUUACCAACAACAACGAGUCCCAACUAAAUUUACUAGACCUUAUUAAAAUUAAUAGUGGUGUGAAAGAAAUCAAGAUCGCCAAGAAUUGUUUUCCUCGUAUCGUUAAUCGCAACGAGACUGUUUCUAUUCCGAUGGAAGGUAUGUUCCACAACAGUGCCACAUUCACGUUGCCCAUUGUUGCUGUUUUCGAGAAUCUAACAACAAACACCAAAAAUUACCUGCUGUACGAAAUGCCGUUUGAAAUAACCUCAGAGUACUCAAACCUGGCAUUAGAAGACGGGAAAGCCGUUGAGGAAACCGUUGGAAAAACUGAGCCACCACCAAUAUGUGAUGUAGUCGAAGUCGUGAUCCCAGGGAUAAAACCUAGUGGAAGGAAACCCAUUGAUCCCGUCCGACUCCCUAAGUACGAAUUUCCGUAUUACAUGACCCAGAAUUUGAGCAAGGUCAUGAAGCUCUAUCCUGAAUUCAUCAAAAGAGGCCGCCCCAAUGAGUCGAUGAACAUUAUAUUAGCAAGGCAGUAUUUCAGCAUAACCACCAGAAUUCAAGAACACAAAUACGCCCACACUCUGCACACGUUGUUGUAUCUGGAGGAGAAUCAGAUGCGACAAGAUAUUAAACAAUACAACAUCUUCUCUAGCUUAACACAUGUUAACAAGAACAUCUAUGCUCUUGAUGUUCAAGGUUUGGCCGAGGCGAGGCCCUCUUUGCUUCUAGGUGAUUCUGUUUACGUCAAAUUUGAGCCUGACGAUAAAUAUACUUAUCAGGGAAUUGUCCACGACAUCAACGAGACGCGUGUACUUCUUGGAUUCCACUCCAAGUUUAAGAACAUCCAUUCGGACAACAGGAAGUUCCACAUAGAGUUUGCUUUCAACAGGAGACCUUUGAAGGUGGAACAUCAAGCUAUUGAUUUGAUUUCCCAUCACAAGAUUGGCAAAUACUUUUUCCCGAAAAAGAGCAUUAGACUAAUGCCAAAUAUGAGUCAAGUGAAAUUUGCAAACAAUUGUCUUAAUUAUGAGCAACGUAUUGCUGUCUUAAACAUCCUGGAAGAGAAAGAUGUGCCCUAUUUGUUGUUUGGACCUCCUGGGACUGGCAAAACUUACACCUUAGUCGAAGCAAUUUAUCAAGUUUGGAAAAUGAAAAAGGAUUACAAAAUUCUAGUAUGCACUCCAUCUAACUCAUCGGCUAACGAAAUAACGAACAGAUUGCUAAAGUACGUGCCCAGAACUGAUGUUUUCAGACUGUUGGGGUCGGUUUAUGGUGUGGACAACUCUAUGGAGUUCCCCGACAUUUGCAACUUAGACGGAGAGUUUCCUCCAAUAAGCUUACUGUUAAAAUACAGGAUCAUGCUGACCACAGUCGUUACAGCCGGACGAUUAAUUAACGGAGGUUUGCCUUCGAAACAUUACUCGUACGUGUUCAUCGACGAAAGCGGUUACGCCACAGAACCGGAAACUCUGAUUCCAGUCGCCGGAAUUCUAACAACUAAGGCUCAUAAAGGUCAUUUUUGUGGGCAGCUGGUGCUGGCUGGGGAUCCCAAACAACUGGGGCCGAGGAUUCAUUCGAAUUUCGUUAAGUUCUGCGGCCUGGGCAUGUCCAUGUUGGAACGGUUGAUGACCACGUGCAACUUGUACGCCAGAGACUCUGAGACGGGGAAAUACGACACCAAGUACGUCACCAAGUUGAUCAAGAACUACAGGUCGCACCCGGAGAUCCUGAAGGUUCCUAAUGAGCUGUUUUACGAUGGGGACUUAGUGGCUGCGGGCAACGAGCACAUUGGUUUGUUCAGUGGCUGGGACCACUUGAUGAAGACGGACUUUCCUCUUUUGUUCCACCAUGUUGAGGGGCAAGAUAGGAAGGACAAAGACUCCCCCAGCUUCUACAACAUACAAGAGGUGGAAAUUGUCAUGGAUUACCUCAGGAAGAUCGUCAAUAGAAAGAUGUGCAACGUGAAGAUCACACAAAGCCACAUAGGAAUAAUUUCCCCGUACAGGAAACAGGUCCUGAAACUGAAGGAGGCGUGCGGCCGCAAGGGGUGGAAGGACAUCCUCAUCGGAUCUGUUGAGCAGUUCCAAGGUAAAGAGAAGACGGUGAUAAUUAUGUCGACCGUUCGUUCGCAGUCCUCGAAGGACAUAAUGAACAUCGACAAAAAGUUCGAAUUGGGCUUUUUGAGGAACGCAAAGCGAUUCAAUGUGGCCGUAACGAGGUCGAAGGCGUUAUUGAUAACGGUGGGAAAUGGAAAUGUCUUGAAACAGGACCCCAAUUGGAAACGUCUGUUGGAUCACUGUUCGGCGAAUGAUUCCGUCAUAGGAAACGGUCUAGACUUGUCCGACUCCUUUGAUAUGAGCGCCGACAACGUGUUCCGUUCGAACGUCAACGACAUCGAUGACUCCAAUGAAAUUAUCGAGUUUUCUUUUGAUAACAUAUAAAAGUGGUUUUUGUAUUACUAUGAAUUGCGUUUAUUUUAUUAAAACUUAGUUAUCCAAUCA